AAAAAUGAAGAUGUUGCUUGAGGGCGCUACAUAAAAAUAAUGGUGGCCUGCUUGUCGCGCUUGUUGCCUGGAUUUUGUAAAUAAAUCGGAGAUGGUUUCUUAUUAAAUUUCUGGUUCGUUAUAAGUUUAAAGUAUGGGGAAUGCAGACUCAAUUCUAACUCCUGAGAAGAUUGCCGAACUGGAAAAGAGCACACAUUUUACAGCAAAGGAGAUCCAGAGAGUGAUAUCCUACUAUGCACAGUAUGACAAGUCACUCAAUGGUCAGGAUGGGAUACCCGUUGAGGAUCUGUCAGAAAUCCCAGAGCUCUGUGGAUGUCCCUUCUAUGAGAGAAUUGUUUAUGCUUACUUAGAGCGGUCAACUAUGAGCCUCAAGGCUGAAGCUUUUCUUCGGAUGUUCUCCACCCUGAGCUCACGUGCAACAGCAGAAGAAAAGAGUAGGGCACUCUUUGAUUGUCUUGACUGUAGCCAUGAUGGCAGCCUUGGAUUCGAUGAACUCUUUCGAUUCUACAAGUCUAUCUUGAAUCCUGCUGUGGAUGAUGAUUACAUCGUUGAUUUAGUGGUCCGCAUCCUUGAAAGGCCUGGGAUAAAGGAGGAGCAUAGAGUGCCCUAUGAGGAAUUUCUAAAGCUGAUAUCACCGGAAGAGAUCCAGGAAAAAAUGACAGUAGACCUUCAGCUUACAACUUGAUGUUUGGAAUCACCUUUGAGACAGUUUUGCUCCAAUCUGUAUAGUGAUAUGUGUACAAGAGAGGAAAAAGCACACCAGAAUGUUACCAGUUCAGAGUUAAUUUUUAUGCUUAGCCUGCAUGCAAUGAUAGUUGGUCCAGCGUAUAGGAUAUAAAAUCAUUAUGUCAACAAUGGGGCAUGUUUGAUUUUGAAUAACUUGGACAUUGCAAAUUAAACAUCAUUAAUUUU